AUGAAUGAUGUUAAGGUUGAGGAUGGAGAUUCAGGAGAUAUAUAUGACAAGUUCUUCGGAAUUUAUGAUCCAAGAAAAGUUUUUGCAGUUGAAUUUUUUGCAUGGCUCCUUGCUCAAGGAAUAGAAUCGGACUUUAACGACCAAAGCACAAAUAAUUUCUUUCUCAGAGUUGACAAACUACAAAACGAUGCAUGCUGGAGACCAUAUCAAAAAGAA